AUGGCCCCGUCGUUUGCUUCCGCCGUUAAGAUCAUCAUCAGUAAUGAAGGUGUAUCGGGCUUAUACAGUGGUCUAACAGCAUCCGUGGUACGCCAACUCACAUACUCAGGCAUUCGCUUUGGAAUCUACGAGGAACUCAAGUCGAAAGCUGGCCCUUCUUCCAGCAGCCAAUUUCUCCUGGCCACUGCGUGGUGUUCCGGGUUUGCGGGCGGAAUAGCCGGCAACUUUGCGGAUGUUCUAAAUGUGAGAAUGCAGCAUGAUGGGUCACUCCCAGCCCACCAACGGCACAACUAUCGCCACGUCGGUGACGGUAUGGUGCGACUGGUACGGGAAGAAGGUAUUGGCGCUUACAUGAAAGGAUGGCUGCCAAACUGCACACGCGCUGCGACACAAACAGCAGGGCAGCUUGCAAGCUAUGAUAUUAUCAAAAAGUCCAUCCUCGAAUACCAAAAGUCCGAAGAAACACCCGCUGUACAAGCUACUUCUGCAUUUCUAGCCGCUGUAAUCGCGGUAACAGUUACUAAUCCUCUAGAUGUUUUAAAAACAAGGGUCAUGUCUUCCACGUCUACAGCUGGGACAGGUAUGGUAGCUACUGCAAGGGAGGCAUUCCGUGUUGAAGGACCUGCCUGGAUUUUCCGGGGAUGGGUACCAAGCUUUCUACGGGUUGGACCGUAA